AAUUUUAUUUUCAAAAUUUCUUAAGAGAAAAUUUGAUUUAUUUUUCUUGUUGCAGUUAAAAAUAUUCUUUUACAUAAUAGUUUAUAUAUUUGAACCUUUAUAUAAUUUGAAACACAUCGAAAUAAAAUCUGAAAUUUGCCAAUUUUUUUUAUAUUUUAUUUAUGAGAUCAGCGUUCCAAAAUAGAAACCUGACGCAAGCCUUCGUAUUCAAGGCAUCGAGUACAAAUCCAAAUCUUAUCGUCGUUAGCUUCAGAGGAACCGAGCCUUUCGACGUUGAUGAUUGGUGCACUGAUCUAGACAUCUCUUGGUACGAGUUGAAAAACGUUGGCAAAGUUCACGCAGGGUUCUCUAAAGCUCUAGGCCUCCAAAAAAAUGGAUGGCCCAAAGAAAUAAUACCUCUAGGACACCAAUAUGCGUACUACACAAUUAGACAGAAGCUUAGGGACAUGUUUGCAAAAAACAAGAACCUUAAGUUUAUUCUAACGGGUCACAGCCUUGGUGGGGCACUAGCCGCUCUUUUUCCGGCAGUACUGGCGAUUCACGGUGAGGAUGAGUUGCUAGAUAAACUAGAGGGAGUCUACACAUUUGGACAGCCACGCAUAGGGGAUGAGGUGUUUGGGGAGUUUAUGAAGGAAGUGGUGAGAAAGCAUGGAAUAGAGUAUGAGAGGUUUGUUUAUAACAACGAUAUUGUGCCUAGAAUACCCUUUGAUGACAAGGUUUUAUUCUCGUUCAAGCACUACGGAACUUGCAAUUACUUCAAUAGUCUCUACAAAGGAAAGGUAAGGGAAGAUGCACCAAAUGAAAAUUACUUCAACUUGCUGUGGCUAAUACCGAAGCUGUUAAAUGGUGCGUGGGAGUUCAUAAGGAGUUUCAUAAUACGGUUUUGGAAAGGCAGUGACUACAAAGAGAAUUGGAUUAUGAGGUCUAUUAGGGUUUUCGGAAUAAUAUUCCCUGGUGCCUCUAAUCAUCUGCCAUAUGAUUACGUCAACUCCACGCGCUUGGGAGGAUUGUCUCGAUCAUUUACUACCCCAGAGGAUAAACUUGCCCUUAUUGCUUAAAAGUUAAAACUCAAAGCUGUUGGAUAAGCUUGAAUAAGACUUGAGUUGCAAGUUUCCUAUUUAUGUUGUGUUUAUCUAUAAGAGAAUAGGAAAUAUCUAGUUGUGUUAAUCCUAAUGAGGUUAGGAUAAAUAAAGAGUUAUAUAAGGAGAUGCUGGUGUAUAGCAUAACUUAAUAAGUUUGUGAGUUUGAGGUUUUGAGAUAGUUUCCGCAUGAGUUAAUAAGAAGGGUUCUUAUUUGUGUGA